AUGCACUCCAUGCGUGGCAUUGCGCUGCACCUGCUCUCCCGGCGCUCCGUGUUACCUUCAUUGCCCCUCCAUCGAAUUUCUCGCCUGUCGUCCCCCAAACUCGCGAACGCCUUCUCCUCCUAUUCCCACCUCACUCGCGCACCCGCUAUGGACGAAACAAUCAAGCAGCAUUACCUGGCUGACUCGCCUCCUACGGUAGUCAGACUGGAAAUCAAGACACAUUUUGAUACCCUCAAAGACCAGAACGCGAGGAAAUAUGCACACUUCAUGAGCCGCGCCGCAUUUGAGGGCACUCGUGUCACUUUGCGCCAGGUCUCCCCCGAGUCUGAACCCAUUUACGACCUCAUCCUAUCCCUCUACCACGCUUCCAACGGUGACUGGGAAGACCUCGCCCAGAAAACGCAAGUCAGCUCCGAGGAUCUCCGUUUCUUCCUUGAAUAUGCCGGUCAAUUCUUGGGCAACUGCGGAAAUUACAAGGGCUUCGGUGACUCAAAGUUCAUUCCGCGAAUUUCCGCAUCUGCGUUCGAGGCUCUGGCCUCUGCCACUGCGGAGACUAAGGCCGCUUUCCAGAAGGCCAACACCACUGGAGGCGGUAUCUAUGAGACCAGCGAACAAUCGAUGAUGCACCUCGGAUACCCCAAGAGUGGCCACAUGACAACAUACUACCCCGACUCGCCGACGAUCUCGCAGGAUGAAAUCACGGCGAUUGGUGACUUGAUGGAGAAGAAGGGACUCGCAUUGGAAAAUACAAGGAUCCGCAAAACAUCUUCGGGUGAUUUCGAGCUUUUGAUUGCAUCUGGUGUUUCAUCACCUCCUGUGAAGGACCGAGAUCUCGGCGAUGUGGAUACAUUUGAGCUUGAUGGAGAUCUGAAGGGAAAGACAUUGCGACUUGUCUUCGGUGAUUACCAGGAAGAGAUGGCCAAGAUUGCGCACAGUAUCAAGAAGGCAGGACUUGUUGCCGCGAAUGAUAACCAGAAGAAGAUGCUGGACGCAUAUGCUCUCUCUUUCGGAGCUGGAUCUAUUGAGGCUUUCAAGGAGAGUCAGCGCAUCUGGGUCAAGGACCAGAAGCCUAUUUUGGAGACCAACCUGGGCUUUGUUGAGACAUACAGAGACCCCCACGGUGUGCGCGGAGAAUGGGAAGGCUUCGUGGCUUUGGUUAACUUGGAACGUACCCGCGCAUUUGGCACGCUUGUGGAUAGUGCCGAGAGCAUGAUUCCCAAGCUCCCUUGGGGUCAGGACUUUGAGAAAGACAAGUUCCUCAGUCCCGAUUUCACAUCUCUCGAAGUCUUGAGCUUUGCCUGCUCGGGUCUCCCGGCUGGCAUCAAUCUGCCCAACUACGAUGAUAUUCGCCAAAAUCUUGGCUUCAAGAACGUGUCUUUGGGCAAUGUUCUGAGCGCCAAGGCUCCUAAUGAGGCGAUUCCUUUCAUUGCCGAGAGCGACCAAGAGGUCUACCGUGGAUUCCGGGAUCCAGCCUUCGAGGUCCAGGUUGGCAUUCAUGAGCUGCUUGGUCACGGAACCGGUAAGCUGUUGCAGGAGACAGCGCCAGGGGAGUAUAACUUUGACAUUAAGAACCCGCCCAUCAGCCCUGUCACCAACAAGCCCGUGUCGACCUGGUACAAACCCGGGCAGACAUGGAGCUCGGUCUUCGGCUCCAUUGCUUCGUCGUAUGAGGAGUGCCGUGCCGAAUGUGUUGCCAUGGUUCUCGGCUGCGACUUUGGCAUCCUGAAGAUCUUCGGAUUCGGCGACGGCAAGGAAGACUUGGCCGGUGAGGCCGGUGAUGUUCUAUUCGCAUCAUACCUUUCCAUGGCUCGCGCUGGUCUGGUUGCCCUUGAAUUCUGGGAUCCCAAGACCCAGAAAUGGGGACAGGCACACAUGCAGGCUCGGUACAGUAUUCUGCGCACCUUCCUCGAUGCUGGCGAUGACUUCGUCAAGCUUUCUUACACUAAGGAGGAUCUUUCCGAUCUAGAGAUUCGUCUGGACCGGUCUAAGAUUCUUACUCACGGCCGUCCUGCCGUGGAAAAAUACCUGCAGAAACUGCAUGUCUACAAGUCUACCGCAGACAUCGAGGCUGGCAAGGGUUUGUACGACAGCAUUACUUCCGUCGAUAGCUGGUGGGGUACCGCCGUUCGUGACAUUGUUCUGAAGAACAAGGUCCCUCGAAAGGUCUUUGUGCAGGCCAAUACUAUCCUCGAGGGUGAUCAGGUCACCCUGAAGGAGUAUGAGCCCACUCUUGAGGGUUUGAUCCAGAGCUUUGCCGAGCGCAACGUCUGA